AUGACUAAAAUUGCCUUAAUAGGUAGUGGUCAAAUCGGAACAAUUGUUGGGGAAUUGUGCUUGAUGGAAAAUUUUGGAGACCUUGUUUUAUAUGAUGUAGUCCCAGGUAUACCACAAGGAAAGGCUUUAGAUUUAAAACAUUUUAGUACCAUAUUAGGAGUAAAUAGAAACAUUGUUGGAACUAAUCAGAUCGAAGAUAUUAAGGAUUCAGAUAUAAUAGUGAUUACAGCAGGUGUACAAAGAAAAGAAGGAAUGACUAGAGAAGAUUUGAUAGGAGUCAAUGGAAAAAUAAUGAAAGGUGUAGCUGAAUCAGUUAAAUUACAUUGUUCCAAAGCUUUUGUUAUUUGUGUUAGUAACCCACUUGAUAUUAUGGUUAAUGUUUUUCAUAAGUUUAGUAAUUUACCUCAUGAAAAAAUUUGUGGUAUGGCAGGUAUAUUAGAUACUUCUAGAUAUCGUACAUUAAUUGCAGAAAAACUAAAAGUAUCAGCUGAAGACGUUAAUGCUGUUAUUUUAGGAGGACAUGGUGACUUAAUGGUACCCUUACAAAGAUAUACAUCUAUAAAUGGUGUUCCUUUAUCUGAAUUUGUAAAGAAAAAUAUGAUUAGCCAAAAUGACAUACAAGAAAUAAUUCAAAGAACCAGAAAUAUGGGUUCUGAAAUUAUUAAACUAGCCAAAGCAUCUGCCGCAUUUGCCCCUGCAGCUGCUAUUACUAAAAUGAUUAAAUCAUAUUUAUAUAAUCAAAGUAAUUUAUUUACAUGUGCUGUUUAUUUAAAUGGACAUUAUAAAUGUUCUAAUUUAUUUGUUGGAUCGACAGCUAAAAUUGAUAAUAAGGGGGUACACCCAGUUGAAUUCCCUUUAACAAAGGAGGAACAAGAUCUUUACACGGAAUCGAUAGCUAGCGUUAAAAGCAACACAGAAAAGGCUUUCGACUUAAUUAAAUAA